AUGGCACCACCAACCUCAAGAGCAGAAAUCCGCAAAUCCCUCCAAGGGUCCGCCCGCAAUGGCCGACCCAUUGUCGGCGCCGGCGCAGGCACAGGCCUCUCAGCGAAAUUCAUCGAAGCUGGCGGUGCAGACCUAAUCAUCAUCUACAACUCGGGACGCUUCCGUAUGGCAGGGCGCGGGUCCUUGGCCGGCCUAAUGCCCUACGGUGACGCCAACGCCGUCGUCGUCGACAUGGCUCGAGAAGUCCUUCCUGUCGUUGAUAAAACACCUGUCCUCGCUGGUGUCUGCGGCACAGACCCCUUCCGGCUCAUGCCCAGGUUCCUCGCCGAGCUGAAAGAUAUGGGGUUCGCGGGAGUGCAGAAUUUCCCUACGGUUGGACUGAUUGAUGGGACGUUUCGCGCGAACCUUGAGGAGACGGGGAUGGGCUACGAUAAGGAGGUGGAAAUGAUUAAAAUAGCUCACGAUCUGGAUCUCCUGACUACGCCGUACGUAUUCAACGUCGAAGAGGCAGAAGCAAUGACACGAGCUGGCGCGGACGUGCUAGUCUGCCACAUGGGCUUGACGACGUCUGGCUCGAUUGGCGCAAAAUCAGGGAAGAGCUUGGACGAUUGUGUAGGUCUGAUACAGGGGAUGAGGGAUGCCGCUACGGCUAUCAACCAGGAUGUGCUGGUGUUGUGUCAUGGGGGUCCUAUAGCUGAGCCCAAAGAUGCGCAGUAUGUGUUAAGUAGGACGAAGGGGGUGCAUGGGUUCUUUGGCGCGAGUAGUAUGGAGAGGUUACCUGUGGAAUUGGCGAUUACGAAUAUUACGAGGGACUUUAAGGGGUUGAAGUUUGAAUCGUGA